CGCCCGUUCCGGUGGCGGCGCCGGCAGCAUGGGGGUCACCUGCGUGUCGCAGGUGCCGGUGGCCGAGGGCAAGAGCGUGCAGCAGACGGUGGAGCUGCUGGCGCGGCGGCUGGAGGCGCUGGGCGCGGACAAGCAGGGCACGUUCGGCGUGGACUGCGAGACCUAUCACACCGCGGCCACCCUGGGCACGCAGGGGCAGACAGGGAAGCUCAUGUACGUCAUGCACAACUCCGAGUACCCCCUGAGCUGCUUCGCCCUCUUCGAGAACGGGCCCUGCCUGGUGGCCGAUGCCAACUUUGACACCCUCAUGGUGAAGCUCAAGGGCUUCUUCCAGAACGCCAAGGCCAACAAGAUCGAGAGCCGCGGCACGCGCUACCAGUACUGCGACUUCCUGGUGAAGCUGGGCACGGUCACCAUGGGCCCCAGCGCCAGGGGCAUCUCCGUGGAGGUGGAAUACUGCCCCUGUGUGAUCGCCAACGACUGCUGGAACCUGCUGAUGGAGUUCAUGCAGAGCUUCAUGGGCAGCCACACGCCCGGCGUCCCGUCGGUGUUCGGCUCCAAGCACGACAGCACCUACAGCCCCGGGGACACCAUGGUGCAGUACAUGGAGCUCUUCAACAAGAUCCGCAAGCAGCAGCAGGUGCCCGUGGCUGGCAUCAGGUGAGGAGGAGCCCCUGCAGCUCCUGACUGCAUCCCCAUCCUGCCUGCACCACGAGCUCCUCCAAAAUCUGCCACAGGAGCUGCUCCUUCUGGAUUUUUCCCCGUUUCAAACUGUGCAAUUCUGGGUGUCCUCCGUGGUUUGGGAUGAUUUGAUCCAGUGGUUCUGUGGUUUUUUGGACAGUGAAAGGAGAAAUUCC